AAAAAAAAAAAAAAAAAGAACAAAAUUCUUGUUGAGUUGAGUCGAAGGGAAAAAGAGAAAGAAAGAUAGAACGAUUCGGGGUGGUCUCUCUCACUACCAACCUUACUCUUUUCUAGUGAGAGAAAGAAGCUUGAAUCUUCUCUCCUCGUUAAAAAAAAAAAGAAAGAAGAAGAAUAGUAUCAAAGGAUUCUCGGAUAUGUCGACCUCAUUAUCCACUUCCUUGUGUUGUUCGUCAACCCAGCAGGUCAAUGGGUUCGGUCUUGGGCCUCAAAGGUCGCUCCUUUACCAACCCACUUCCUUUUCUUUCUCCAGAAGGAGAAGUCAUGGUGUUGUGAAGGCCACAGCUCGUGUUGAUAAGUUUUCCAAAAGUGAUAUCAUCGUCUCUCCCUCCAUCCUCUCUGCUAAUUUCGCCAAACUAGGCGAGCAGGUAAAAGCAGUAGAGUGUGCAGGUUGUGACUGGAUCCAUGUUGAUGUGAUGGAUGGUCGCUUUGUUCCCAACAUCACUAUUGGUCCUCUCGUCGUUGAUGCUUUGCGUCCUGUAACUGAUCUUCCCUUGGAUGUUCAUCUUAUGAUAGUAGAACCGGAUCUGAGGGUACCAGAUUUCAUCAAAGCAGGUGCAGAUAUAGUCAGUGUACAUUGUGAGCAGUCAUCCACCAUCCAUUUGCAUCGCACUGUCAAUCAAAUUAAAAGCUUAGGUGCUAAAGCUGGAGUUGUCCUAAACCCUGGAACCCCAUUGAGUGCUAUAGAAUAUGUAUUGGAUGUGGUGGAUCUGGUCUUGAUCAUGUCGGUUAACCCCGGGUUUGGUGGACAGAGCUUUAUCGAAAGCCAAGUUAAAAAAAUCUCGGAUUUGAGAAGAAUGUGUGUCGAAAAGGGAGUAAACCCAUGGAUUGAAGUUGAUGGUGGUGUCACCCCAAAGAAUGCAUACAAGGUUAUUGAGGCUGGAGCAAAUGCGCUAGUAGCUGGAUCAGCUGUAUUUGGAGCUGAAGACUAUGAAGAAGCUAUUAAAGGAAUCAAGAACAGCAAGAAGCCAGAAGCUGUGACUGUGUAAUAUGAAGCAAAAAGAGACUGUUUGAUCUAUGGUUCUUUGAUAUGAGUUACAGCAACUCUUGUUUCAGGAAAAAGCUGAAAAAAAGGUCACCGAUAUGAUGUUGAUGUUGUUGUCUAGUAGAUUUGUGGAUAUGCAAAUUCCAUACAUUAUGCAAUUAUAACAAUGUGAUAAGAAAUAAGAUGUUACAUAAGUAUUUUUUGACUUUGGGGAAAUAAAGCAUUUUCAUU